AUGAGCCUCGACCUGGCCAGCCUGCGCUCGGUGCGCGCCUUCGCCCGGGCCUUCCUGAGCUCCGAGCCGCGCCUCGACGUCCUCAUCAACAACGCCGGCCUGAGCGCCGAGGGAGCCAGCCCGGACGGCCUGAACCUGACUUUCCAGGUGAACCACCUGGGCCCCUUCCUGCUGACCCUCCUCCUCCUGGAGCGGCUCAAGCGCUGCGCCCCCAGCCGGGUGGUGGUGGUGGCCUCGCGGGCCCACCGGUCGGGGAAAGUGGACCUCGAGAACAUCCACAAGCCCGUGGCCGGAGCCCGGCGGACCUUCCUCUCCUACUGCGACAGCAAGCUGGCCAACAUCCUCUUCGUCCGCGAGCUGGCCAGCCGCCUGGAAGGGACCCGCGUCACCUGCUACGCCCUCCACCCAGGGGUUGUGAAUACGGACCUCUUUCGCCACAUCCCGGCCUGGCUGAAGCCCUUCUUCCUCCCCGUCGCGUGGCUCUUCUUCCGAGACGCUGUGGACGGAGCGCAGACGUCCAUCUACUGUGCCACCCAGGAAGGCAUCGAGGCAUUCAGCGGGCGCUACUUUGCCGACUGCCAGGUCCAAGAACCCAGACCGCACGCCCGGGAUGACGCGGCGGCCAAGAAGCUCUGGGAACUCAGUGAAAGAUUAGUAGGGCUGGCCGCUUAAGUCUCAGGGGCAUUCGGGUCCGGACGGCUCCUCCUCGGGCUAGUCCCAGGGUGGUCUGGGAGCAGAACUUCUGCUACAUCCGUGCCACAGAAAGCAAGUUUUAGGGGGAAUAUCGGCACCAAAUGCAGGGAGCUCAGGGGAAAACGAGAGCAGAGACUUCGACUUUCGUAAACACAAAAUUUGGGGACCAUUGAAUGGUAUCUGGUGACACACAGGGCAUUUUCUUCUGCUUUUCCGCUAGAUCCAAAAGAUACCUUUUAAAAGAUGCUUUCUUGAACCUGAAAAAUGCUUGAAUUUUCUGGGCUUUGCAGAUUCUUUGCUUGCUGGGUUUUAUCUGCUAUGGGUCUUUGAGGUUUCUGCAGCACAGAGAACUGGGACCAAGGACAGAAUUUGGUAAUAAACCCUAUGAUAACCCUC